AUGUCCAGCUGCGAUAAUCCCCGUGAGUAUCUUGCCGCUCUCGUGAUUGAGAUUGCGAAGGUGAUGGAAAAUGUAACGUACAGGCGAUACAUGGAGCCCCGCUUGUCAACGAGAGAAAAGGCACAACUGUGGGCACUGCGCAGUCAAGCACUCUUCGGUGAUGCACCUGAUGACUAUGAAGUGAAAGAAAAACAGGAAAAUCGAAAAAAUAGCGAAACAGAGAAAUCAACUUCAAAAAGAAUCUCUUCUGUUACUGGAUUUUCCUUACCACUACCACCAACCCAUUGGUAUCAGUUCAGUGCACGUUUCUAUUUCGCAGCAUGGAAGGCAUUGCGAGGAACGAUGACUCCGCAAGUGGCAGCUGAAACAUUUUGUACAGAAUUUUUUUAUUUAUUGAAACUUCAUAGUGUUCCUGCUAUGCUUCCUCUUAUGGAAUCUGCUCUUAAUACGGCUCGAGCAAAGGCUACAGCUAUUAUUAAUCAUACUAAUACUACUUCUACAAGUAGUACUAGUCCUGUGGCCGAAGGUGGUAUAGUAGAUAGUGAUCAUCGUAUUCGUGAACUUAAAGUAUGUAAUGAUGGAUUCCAUGUACGUGGAUGCUUUGAAGAUCCUGUGGUGAUUGCCUUUAUUUGGCUCUGCAGAGCACAUUGUAUACCUUGUGAAGUUGUUUUUGAACCACUUCCUGUAAAGUCCUCACUUGGCGAAGAAAAUUUAUUUCUUGUUAAAUCGUUAAAGUAUGGGACCAUUGUUACGGAACCCUUGGCAGCGUUUUUCCUUUGUGUAAAAUUGUAUUUACCUCAUAGUGAUCACUGGCUUGGUGUACUACCUCUUUCUCAGACGAACACCUCCUCUUCCUCCUCUUAUGCAGAUCAUGCAAUAGAGAGAAGUACAUGGAUGGAGUACAUGCAACACAUUCUAACAGAUCUCCGAAUUCCACUCCUUCAGUAUAUGAGAGAAGUGCUGUGGCAACAGAAACUUAAUGAAAAAUCAAAAGGAUUGAAGUUAUCCCCACGACGUACAGGAAGAGGUUCUCAAUUAGAAAUGAAACGUACCUCAUUUGAUUUACUGCGAUCUAGGGAUGAUAUAUCAAGAACAGUGAUGUCAUCCAUUAUUCGUUUUGAAAAUUUUGCGAUUCAUUACUAUAAGAAACGCUCCAAGUGUACAAUUUCUGUAGCUGAGCUUUGUGUGGCUGCGUAUGGAUAUAUUUUUUGCACCAAUCCAUUGAGUAGUCCUUUAUUCCCUCUUGCUGUGGUUAUACCUUCCGUCUCUAAACAAAUUGGGAUGAACAUAGAUUCAAAAUUAACACAACGUGGUUCUUUAUUGACAGGUGCAUUAUCAGUAGAACCAAUGCGAAUGUCACCACUAAAUACUACAGCUUUGUUAAAUGGAAUUCCGAAAAAAUAUCAAGAGAUUGCAACUCAAAUUUUACAUGGUGCCAAUGCUACACAAACAGCAGCACCAAUGACGUUUCGUAUUAAUGAAGAGAAUACAGGAAUUGAAAAUAUGAAUAAGAAAAAGGUAUCACCGUUUGGUAUUAAGUUUCUUCACGUUGAUUCUGCGUGGAGUGGUGUAGCCGCUGGUACAAGUCAAGCAGCUGUAGAAGUAAUUGAUUGCUUGAUUCAAACAAACUGUUCUCCUAUGCGGCAUCGCUUUGCUCAGAUAUUAUCCUAUGCAUGGCGGACAGCAAAUGAGCAGUGUAUUGGUUUUCCUUUUCUUGUGCUUGAUAAGGAGCAACAGGCUUUUCUAGCUCCUUCAAAUGUUGAGAGUAGUGCUUUUGCACGUGAAAGGGCUUCUUGGAAUGAAGAAAGCAUCGUCAAAAUGGCUAGAGUAUAUUGGUCGAAAUUACGUACAGCAUUUGGCAUGCCAUCAUCAUCAUCAUCGUCAUCUGAACAGAGGGUCUACUCUGGUCUAAUGUCGAGGUUGUGA